AUGGAACAUGAAAUUUACCUCACACUUUUGCCGGCGGAUGUUCUAGAUUUAAUAUUUCAACAUCUCAAUAUCAAUGACAAACUGCAAUUGGCCCAAACAAAUCCGCUUUUGGGACAAGCUUUUGCCCUGCACAGUCGAAAUGAAUUUAAAGAUCUCGACAUUCGUAAAUUAUCGGCCAUUUAUUGGCCAGUAAUCUUGCCUCUAUGCGGUUCUAAAGUGCGACAAAUAAAUGGCUUGUGGGACAGCCAGAAUAUCAUUCCAUUUCAUCUAAUCGAGAUGCAAUGUCCGUUCUUGGAGUCCAUUAAAUUUAAUGUAAAAAGUGAAAACUGGAUGCAGAUCACUGCGCUGAUACUCAAUAUGAAAACCCUUAAGUCAAUUCAUCUGCAUAUUAGUGAGGAUUGUGAACCGUCUGUGAAUAUCAUCAACGCCCUGAUGCAACUACCAAACCUAACAAAAUUACUUCUUCACGGUUUCGCCGGCGAUAUAGUUUAUCAAUUACAAAAUCUAGUUAAUUUGGAAGACCUCAGCCUUAACUUGAGGAGUUACUCUCAGAAUGCUUCAGUUAAGUAUGUAAAUGCUUUGAACACCUAG